GGUGGGGGCAGCGAUCUCCUAUCAACUUGCUCUCUGUCCCGGCAGAAGAAGCUGGGGCGCCGAGGGUCCAGACGCCAGUUUGCUCCCCCCUACAUCAGUUGGAGGAGAAAAGUUUGUGAAUUGGGUUCCCAAGUUUUUGUGGACGCCGGCUUGCGACGCGGGUUGACAGAGAAGGCUCGUGGGACGUGAGUGGAUUCCCGGAAUCAAUUUGUGGGCUUCCCACAUGGAGCCCAUCCAGCCUGCAGAGGAUCUCAGUCUGACCCAACGGCCCCUUGCCCCAGAACUUGCAGACCUUGAAGACCCUGGGGAUGAGGCCCCGGAUAGUUCAGACACUGUGGUCCUCAGUCUCUUCCCCUGCACCCCAGAGCCUGGGAAUCCUGAACCAGAUGCUGGUGCCUCCUCACCUCAGGCCGGCAGCUCUCUGAAACACUCCACAACCCUCACUAACCGGCAGCGGGGGAAUGAGGUCUCAGCUCUUCCAGCCACCCUGGACUCCCUAUCCAUUCACCAGCUUGCCGCCCAGGGGGAGCUGAGUCAGCUGAAGGAGCACCUGAGGAAAGGCGACAACCUCAUCAACAAGCCAGAUGAGCGAGGCUUCACCCCCCUCAUCUGGGCCUCUGCUUUUGGAGAGAUCGAGACCGUCCGUUUCCUGCUUGAGUGGGGUGCGGACCCCCACAUUCUGGCCAAGGAGCGGGAAAGCGCCUUGUCACUGGCCAGCAUGGGUGGCUAUACGGACAUUGUGGGAUUGCUGCUGGAGCGUGAUGUAGACAUCAACAUCUAUGACUGGAAUGGAGGGACACCGCUGCUGUAUGCCGUGCGUGGCAACCAUGUGAAGUGUGUGGAGGCCUUACUGGCCCGAGGAGCUGAUCUUACUACCGAGGCCGACUCUGGCUACACCCCUAUGGACCUGGCUGUGGCUCUGGGAUACCGGAAAGUGCAACAGGUGAUCGAGAGCCACAUCCUCAAACUCUUCCAGAGCAACCUGGUGCCCGCCGACCCUGAGUGAAGGCUGCCCACUGGGACUCAGACACUCAGGGAGCAAAGCAAAAGGUCAACCCAGAUUUGGGGGGAUCCAGCACAGGCUUCAAAGGCAGCUCAGAUCUUGGACAGAUGGUGGGAGGGGGCCUUUCCCAAGAGGAACCAAUAAACCUGUGCAGAACUCGA